AUGGGUAAGUCUCUGCCGCAGAAUGAGAGACAACAGGUGUUCCCAAACGGUACUCUGGUAAUCAAAGAGGCGGACGAGCAGGACUCCGGGGGCUACGUCUGUGUCGCCUCGAACCCUGAUGGUCUCACUUCCAGGAGCAAACUCAACGUCCAGGUUAUGGAACCACCAGAGAUACAUCCGUUUACGGUGAAGCCAAACUUGCAGCGUGGCAUGAGGAUCCACCUGACCUGCGUGGUUAUCAGGGGGGACUUCCCCAUCACGUUCCACUGGCUGAAGGACGGGGCGGACCUGCCGCAAGACAGUGGCAUCACGGAGAAGACACUGGACGAGUACUCGAGCACUCUGGCCAUUAGCCGGCUGGCGGCCCACCACUCCGGUAACUACACGUGCACCGCGGCCAACGCCGUCGCCACCGCCAGGCACACCGCAGAGGUCGUCGUCAGCGUGCCACCUUCGUGGAAAACUGAACCCCAGGAUGCAGAGGCAGUAGAAGGCGAGAACCUGACCAUUCCAUGCUCCGCUUCCGGUACUCCAACACCGAAGAUAUCAUGGAAGAGACGGGACGCAGAGAGUUCAGCUGCAGGAACCGAGGAAAUGCAUUCGUCCGUCAACUAUGGGGUUCUAGAAAACGGCAGCCUGUGGAUCGCGAACGUGACGGCAGAGCACGCGGGCAGCUACGGCUGUGAAGCCUCCACCGACGCCAGCUCAACUCUCAGCAAGACCGUCCGCCUCACAUGGCGGCGCGAAGGGUCGCCAUUCGACGCCCGGCGGCAGCCGCGCUGGGCGCUGUCGGAGCAGCCACUGCAGGCGGGCCUGCGCUCCGCGCUCACGCUCACCGGCGCGCGUCGACACGACUCGGCCGGCUUCGAGUGCCGCGCCUCCAACCGCUACGGCAGCGACCUGCGCCGAAUGCGCCUCGUCGUCCAGGAGCCGCCGGAAGUUCCGGCGGGGCUCACCGUGCUCGCCGUCUCCAGCAGGGCGGCCAACCUCACCUGGCAGCAGCCCUACGACGGCAACAGCCCCAUACUGGAGUACAUCGUCCAGUACAAGACCGGCAAUGGGUCGUGGCAGCAGGGAGUGUCGCAGGUGUCCACCCCUGGCGGGCGCACAUGGGCCUCGGUGACUAGCCUGUUGCCCGGCCGGCGCUAUGAGGUGCGCGUGCUGGCUCGCAACAUUCUAGGGCUGUCCAAGGCACCGUCCACGCCAGGAGUGGCGCUGGACACGGCGCAGGAACCUCCAGGAGCGCCGCCCACGCACCUCUCCGUUCUUCCGCAAGAUUCCCAGACGCUGCUUGUAGAAUGGAAGCCGCCAGACGGCGACCGGCACGGCGACGUGCUGGGCUACCGCGUCGAGUUCUGGCAGGUGGAGGCGCCGCAGCAGCGCCAGCGGCGGACGCUGGAGGCGGCGGAGGGCGCGCCGUCGCCGCUGAGGCUGCGCCUGGAGGCGCUGCGCAAGGCCACGCAGUACGCGGUGCGUGUGCGCGCCUACAACGCCGCGGGGGACGGGCCGCCGGGCACAGAGGUGCUCGCCGCCACUGCCGAGGACGUGCCGGAGGUGGCGCCGCUGGGUGUGCAGUGCGUGGCGGCGUCCCCGCAGAGCCUGCUGGUGGAAUGGGAGCCGCCGCCCGAGAACAAGCUGAACGGCCGCCUCCUGGGCUACCGCCUCUUCUACAGGCCGCUCGCCGAAUGGGACGACGUGUCGGCUCCCUCGGAGAUCUCUACGCAGGACACAAAGCUGGAGGUGACGGGCCUGCUGCGCUUCUGCAACUACAGCCUGGAGGUACGCGCCUAUACCGCUGCCGGCGACGGCGUGCCCAGCGAGCCCGUCUUCUGCAGGACCUGGGAGGACGUUCCUAGUCCACCAGACGACAUUAAAGCGGUUGUAAUGGACACUAGGACAAUCCUUCUUUCAUGGAAACCGCCGGCAUUUCCGAAUGGGGUUAUUAGAAAGUACAAGAUAUACAUUCGAUCACUUGAUGGAGCCGCUUUGCACCGGGACGAGUUCGAGGCGCCGGCGGGCCAGACUCACUACGGGCUGUCGCACCUGGCGCCGCUGCACCGCUACGAGAUGAGGGUGACGGCCGCCACAGCGGCAGGGGAGGGCGCCCCCAGCCGGCCCGUCGUGCAGGCGCCCUCAGACCAGGUGCCGGCGCGUGUCGCGUCCUUUGGUGGUGUGGUACACGCGGCGCGCGGCUCCCGCCUCAGCCUGCCCUGCCUCACCGUGGGCCGACCUCGGCCCGCCAUCGUCUGGACUCACGGGGAGCGGCCGGUGCAGGCGUCGCAGCGGCUCCACGUGGACGACGAGUGGACGCUGCACAUAGAGGGGGCGCAGCCGGCGGACGCCGGCAACUACUCGUGCCGCGCCGAGAACCGCCUGGGCAGCGACUCGCUGCUCUACACGGUCACCGUCCACGAGGUCAGGAACAAGGACAUUCCCAGCACACCUGAAGAUUUUCACGUAUCUUCCACGACUAUUUCUUCCAUCACUCUUGCUUGGAGGCUACCAGAAGGGGGCAAGAAGCUCGCAGCAAUUACAGACUACUGCCUGCAUUACAAGAGAGAGUUCGGCGAGUGGGAGAAGAUAAAGAUUCCUGGAACGGAGACGAGCUUCACGCUGGGGGGCCUGCAGUGCGGCGCCAAGUACCUGCUCUACCUGCAGGCGGAGGGCCGCCGCGGCGACAGCCACCCCACAGACACCAUAGCGGCGCGCACCCAGGGUGCAGCGCCGGAGGCGCCACCGCAGUCGGAGCUGCUGGUGGUGAACGCGACGCGCGUGUCGCUGGUGGUGUCGGCGUGGCGCACGGGCGGCUGCGCCAUCUCGACGCUGGUGGUGGAGUACCGGCGGUGGGACCGCGCCGGCUGGACGCUCGUGUCCAACAGCGUGCCGCACGCCGACGCGCCCUUCUCCGUGCUCGACCUGCGGCCCGCCACGCGCUACCUGCUGCGCCUCACCGCGCACAACAGCGCCGGCUCCACCGUCGCCCUCUACGACUUCGUCACUCUCGAUGACGAGACAGGUGUCGUCGCUCCAGAGCUAAUUGUGCAGGCUGGUUGGACGAACGGCCAUUUCUGGAGAAAUCCCGCCAUCAUUGUUACCCUUAUAGCUGUCCUCGUGGCUUUUAUCGUCGCUGGAGUGGUGCUCUUCUCGUACUUACGCAGGAAACGGGAGAGGUUCCCAGCAGGAAGGAAAGAGUCAGCGUCGGCAGAGGGGGAGGAGGUGGCGGGCCUCGGGGAGAAGGCGAGCUACGUGGGCGGGAACGGCGUGCUGUCGCGCCACUGCCGCAGCCACAGCGACCUGCAGCAGCAGCAGCACAGGACGCAGCUGGCGCUGCAGCCGCUGCACCACCAGGCCGCGCGCCACGGCGCCGGCAGCGCCACGCCCUCCUCCGCCCACCUGUACGCCACGUUCCGACUCGCCGAGGAGCGCCGCCUCCGCUGGCAGCAGGACGAGCUUGGCGACCCCAGGGAGCACCACCAGCUGGAGCUGCAGACGGAGCCACAGGACUGGGCACCUCUGCGCAGCCUUCAUCUGGCCCAUAAGUACUGAAUGAGUGGGGCACUGCAGAGCCUCCACCUGUCCCCCAAGUACGGAACGAGUGGGGGGCCACUCCGCCCUGCCGCCUCGCCAUGUCAAGUGCCUUAACCCAAUAAGCCACCUGCCCCCUAAGCUGCCACCGACCAGGCUGGCUGCACUGCUACUGGCCCUAACUGAUACCACUGUUGCUGCUAAUUCAGUCUAAGUGGGAAAUCUUCAGUUAUCCUGGAUGAUAUUUUUCUUUCGUGUCCGACGUACGACGAACUGAACAGCUUACCAUAGUCUAAGUAAGGCGUCAUGAUUCGAAUGUUCAGUAUUAAUUGCGUUUUACCAUUGUUUAUAUACGUAACAAUAUAUCAAUAGUAUAAAUGUUCUGCUUAGCGAAGUGAAAGACAUCGUCACAUCUGUUAAA